UUGGAUAGUCCUUCCUCUUACGAAGCCAUUCUAAGGGGUGAUCGACCUAUUUCUACAUUAUAUCAGAGCAGACCUAAGUUGAUCUAGAUCUCUUUGUCGUCUAUCUUUGACAAAACACUCUCAUGUGUGAAUUGUUGUAGAUAUGUAGAUGGAUGCAACUUGGCCAUUUUUUUAAUGUUUGAUCCUUUGUGAGCACUUUUAAAUAGGCUCAAAGUCACUCUUUUUCUCCUAUAUAUGCUCUGCCUCUCCUCACAAACCCAAAAAAAACAACUGAUUUGCUAGAGAGAGAAUGAGUCUAGAAGCAGUGAUAUACCAGCAAGAUCCAUUCAUCUAUGGCUGCAUAGAUUACAACUACACUACUCAAUUGGGGGUUGAAGAAAAGGUAAAUGUUGAUCAACAGAGUUCAAUUGCUUAUAAUUGGGAGUCAUCUCCGCCGUCUCCCGUUGCUCACAACACACCAGAGGCUCGCCCGAAGAAGAGGCGGAGCAAGCCAUCCAAGAACAAGGAGGAGCUCGAGACCCAGCGGAUUACUCAUAUCGCCGUCGAGAGGAAUCGCCGCCGCCAGAUGAACGACUACCUCGCCGUCCUCCGCUCCUUGAUGCCUCCUUCCUAUGCUCAAAGGGGAGAUCAAGCAUCAAUUGUGGGUGGUGCAAUCAAUUUUGUGAAGGAACUCGAACACCAAGUUCAAUUCAUGGAAGCUUACAAGUUUAGGAAUGGGCAACAAGUAAGAACCGUGGCCACUAGUUCCGACAUAUUCUCGAAUUUCUUCACUUUCCCUCAAUACUCGAGGCCUUCAAGUAUCGCGAUGAAUGUCGCGGUGGAGAGGCAUUCGAGCAUCGCGGAUAUCGAGGUGACUAAGGUGGAGAGUCAUGCAAGCAUUAGGAUCCAAGCAAAGAGAAAGCCAAAGCAACUCCUCAAAAUGGUGGCUGGAUUUCAAUCCUUUUGCCUCAACAUUCUCCAUCUUAACAUCACAACCGUUGAUCAAUCAGUUCUAUACUCUUUCACUGUAAAGGUAGAAGACGAAUGCAAACUAAGCACGGUGAAUGAGAUAGCCACAGCGGUGCACGAGAUGAUUGGAAGGAUCCACAAUGAGCCUACAUCUAUAGCUUAGACAAGGCGCCGCACACUGCCUUUUUUUCUCAUUUCCAUUUGUAAUUGUCGACUCUCUCUCUCUCUCUACAAAUGUAAACUAAGUCUUAGGAUUCAAUUAUUGUAAGUCAUUUUCUAGGAUUCUUAUAUUCACCAACUGUGGCCUCUUCGAAACUAGAAUUUUCCAUUGAUUAA